UAGUUUUUAAUGAAAGAAGAGAUAACAAUAUAGCUUUCCUUAUAAGCCAACAAAAGCGUCAAAAACGUUUUCAAUCCGUAACAUUUCUUUCUCCGCAUUAACCCUUUUUCAUUCUCUUUUUAUAAAUUCACAUUUUUCUUCUCCAUUUUUUCAUCUCAGAUCCAAAAUUCUCACAACAAUUCAUUCAUCCGAGAUGUGUUGUCCAGGUAGAGUUUGCAUGCUAUGCACGUGCUUGAUCAUGAUUGUGAUCGUGAUCGGGUUUCUGUUUGGAUUCGGUGUUUUCAAGCAUGGAUUUCAUAAAAUCAAAGAUACUGUUAGUUACUGCGACUCUUGCGGCGGUGUUGGCGGUGGAGGAAGGCCUUUCUUAGGUUAUGCGCCGCCGCCAUUGUUCUAGUUCAGUAUUUUUCUCUUAUUAUUCUCUUGUUCCGUUUGUUUUAGAGUUGUUGUGUGAAUCAUUUUUCCACAUCUCAUUUCAUCAUUUGGCAAUCAUGUUUGGUGUUCGUCGCCGCUAUGGAAAGGUGAUUUGUGCGAGAGACAAACCUCAGAUGUUGAUGAUCUUCUGGAACAUCACUAUUUUCGAUCAACUGAAGAGGGAGUUGGUUCGUUGGUUAGAUGGGAAAAUACCAGAAGGGAAAAAAAUUAGAAGUAUUGAGAGACUCGACCGUAUCUUUGGUUGGGUGCGAAUGAAAACUGAUAAGGAUGCUAGGGAAAUGAUGUUCGGACGAGAUGACAUCACUUUGAUUGUUGUAAUCAGUUAGAAAUAUUUUGUUUUCAGUUGGCUUAUGUUGUAGUGAUGUUUGUUCUGAACCUCGUUGUAACAAAAACUUAAUGAUAUAUAAAAAUUGAAGGUUACAAAAUACAAUGUUAAAAAAAGAUUAUGACCCAGAUGAUGCUCUUCAAUUGGGACAGUUGUUCUUGUUGUGUCCUGGUUGACGACAGAUACUACAUAGUCUUAUCAUUUUAUCUAUCAUAUCCAUUUCUGUCCU